UUCUUAAUCUUCAGAUCUUUAAAUAAAUGGUCUUAGUUAUAAUUUUGAGCAAAUAAUAUUUCUACCCUUAUUCUGCAGAUCUUGAAAUAAAUAAAUGGUUUAUAUAUGGUGAUUUUGAAAAGCUCUUCCAUCUUGAAUUCUAGUAUAAUUAUUUAAAAUGGGAGAAAUUGCCUUUUUCACAAAAGCAGUAAACUCUGAAGUAAGCAGUCAACUCAAGAUUUUUGAUGAACAGAAGUACUGUGUUAUGAGCAAAAUAAAAAUAUUAAAUGAUGUAUUAAAAUAUAUUUUGCAUAUUUAAAAUAGAUAUAUAAUUAACAUUAUAGUAUACUUUCCUGACUUGUGGAAAUGUGAGAGAGAUAAUCUUGGAAUUUUGUAAAGCAUUUCUUUGUGAGGGAAAACUAUACCUAACCAUCUCUUUAAUAAACCAGGUCUUAUAUUUACCUUGCAAAUCUCUUUUCAGGGCAAACAUGCUUAGACAGAAAAGAGAUUAACUUGAGUGGCUUUCCACUAAUUACAGAGAUUAAGAAGUGGCUGCUUGAACUAUUUUCCAAAGGAUACACGUUACAAAUUAUUGAAUAGGGCAGUUCACCAAGAAGAUCGUAUUGGUUUGGGGGGAACACAACUUCCAGCAGCCACAAGGGAUGCUGCUACUCAGGUGCCAACUGAAACCAGCUCCUCCACAGAAAGUUUCGUGUCGGUUUUGUUCCGUGAUGGGGAAACUGCAAAGCAAACUCAAACACAGCACUUAUAAACACAGCAGGCCUGAAGAAAUUAUAGAAGAGAGAAUUCAAACCAAAGCUUUUCAAGAGUAUAGCCCAGCUCACAUGGAUACCGUCUUUGUCGUUGCUGCUUUGAACUCAGACCUUUGUGUCUCUGGAGGGAAAGAUAAGACAGUUGUGGCCUAUAAUUGGAAAACUGGAAAUGUGGUGAAAAGGUUCAAAGGACAUGAACAUGAGAUCACCAAGGUGUCCUGUAUUCCCAAAUCCAGCCAGUUCUUCAGCGCCUCUCGUGACAGGAUGGUCAUGAUGUGGGACUUGCACAAUACAUCGCAACCAAGGCAGCAACUGUGUGGCCAUUCCAUGGUGGUCACUGGAUUGGCUGUGAGUCCAGACUCAUCACAGCUGUGCACUGGCUCCCGGGACAACACCCUGCUUCUGUGGGAUGUGGUGACAGGACAGACUGUGGAAAGAGCAUCUGUCUCCAGGAACGUGGUCACUCACCUAUGCUGGGUCCCCAGAGAACCAUACAUACUACAGACCUCUGAAGAUAAAACCCUCAGAUUAUGGGACAGUCGGGGGCUGCAGGUAGCUCAUAUGUUUCCUGCAAAGCAGCACAUUCAGACCUACUGUGAAGUCAGCAUGGAUGGACACAAGUGUAUCUCCUGCAGCAAUGGCUUUGGAGGAGAAGGCUGUGAAGCCACGUUGUGGGACCUACGACAGACUCGAAACAGAAUAUGUGAGUAUAGGGGGCAUUUCCAGACUGUUUCAUCUUGUGUCUUUCUACCAAGAGCACUGGCCUUGAUGCCUUUAAUUGCUACCUCAUCACAUGAUUGCAAGGUGAAGAUUUGGAACCAAGAUACUGGAGCCUGCCUUUUCACCUUGUCUCUGGAUGGAUCAGGACCACUGACUUCUCUGGCUGUUGGUGAUGCCAUCUCCUUACUAUGUGCAAGUUUUAACAGAGGAAUUCACUUACUCAGAGUGGACCACAGCCGAGGGCUGGAACUGCAGGAAGUGGCAGCUUUCUGAGGCCAAGAGACACUCCCUGGACAAUAUCAAACCAUGGCCCCUCCUCGGCGUGGCUUUGUGUCUUUCCCUGUUAUCUUGCGGGGAGUGUGAUGUAAGGGCUGGUAUUCUUUGCUUAGGUUCAUUUAGAAGAUAUAUCAGCGUUGUAAGUCAAAUAAUUUAAGUCCAGUAAUUCAAAAUCAGGUAUAGAGUCCAGAAACAUGGACUAAAGUUCUCUAAGUUAAAUACAAAUGCAGCUUUUUAGUGAACCUUCAGGACUACUCUUCAGAAAAAAUUUAUUGCUCAGAAUGAUGACCUGUGAGUGUAAAGAGUGGCAGGCCUCUGUGAAAGUCAGAACAGGGCUCGAGCCUCCGGAACUGAUCCUUUCCAAGUCUUUACAAAAGAAAAAAGGCAGUGGGGAGAGAGACUGUUUUGGUUACCUCAAAAAUAACGGAGAUGGGAAAGAAUAGUUCAGAAGCUCCAUAGAGGAGACAGAUUAUAGACAAUCAGAUUAAGCUCCAGUCACUGCUCCUCAGCAAUGUGAAGAAUCAAAGUAAGGGCAAGAAAGUGAAAGCUUUGACUUCUAUUCAAAGUGGCAGCAGAGUUGAGGGGGGAAGGGGGGAGCAGUACCCUUCUAGCCCAAAGCUACUGAGCUUGUGUGAAAAUCAGACCUGAGAUGGCUUGAAGCAGCCAAGAACCACUUGGGCAUUGGCCAGAGUUAUAGGAGUUAGCACACCUGUUCUACAGAUAAGAAAACAUUGAGAUUCAAAGAUCAAGGCCAAAAAUAUCUCAUUUGCAAUUUUAAUAUUUUUAUUUGGAUUUAUAUAAAUGAAACAUAUAAUAUAUAUAUAUUUAGAAUGGCCAGAGUGAGGCAAAGGGGAUCUCUGAAACAACAUUAGAACAUGUAGAGAAAAUGAGGUGGGCAGAUCACUUGGGGUCAGGAGUUUGAAACCAGCCUG